UUGCUUGUUUCCUCACAUCAUGCUCGCAAGGAAACGUGUGUUUGCGGAGUACCAUACGGCUUUAUGUGUUGAUUUAGGACAGUCUGUGCUUAGCAGCAGGUAACUGGUUUGUGUUACCAGUGUCUUCGUUUAUUGUCACUGGGAUUUUAGAUGGAUUAUUACUAACAGCGCAAGCUGUCCCUGACACUAGCAACUAGCAUAACAUGCUCAAUGAAAACACUGUGAGGAAAGUUAGAAAGUAGCCGAACUAAGACAAACUGGAGGGCACCGCGAGACUAUUUACGCACUUACAAGUUUUUACACACCUGUAUUCCCUCGUUUUUCUUAUGGAGACCAGAGCUUGUCUCCCUUUCCUCCACCACAGUUCCCUGCUGUUUUUUGUGUUCUAAUUUCCUUGCUGCAGCGGUGAGCAGUGCCAGUAUGGCAGUCUGUGUAAGGGCUAUACGUUGUGGUGGUGUGGAGCUGAAACUACACAGAGUGCUCCUGACUGGCUGCAUGAACUGUGCUAGAAUGUAUCUGCCAUAUGGUGAGAUCUUUUAUCCAAAGCGUCUUUUCAGUUAUGUCAGUAAUUUUUCCUCAAGACUUGGCGGGACUCGAGCCCUCAUCCUUUUUAGGGCUCGUUCAAGGCUCUAUCCACUCAAAUACAACUUGACACCUGGAAGUAGAACACUGGGAUUGUACGGCAGGAUCUACAGUGAUGUUGGUGCUAAUGCACCGUGCAGUCAGACUCCGCCUGUGUCUGGAUGUCAGCCCAGGAGACCUCAGCCUGCUGCAGUGAGGAGGGAGAACCUGCUGCAACGAGGUCCAACAUGCCCCGUGCUGUUUGUCCGCCACAGAAUGACAGAUGCCCCUGUUUCCAGUGUGCCUCUAGCUUUUGUUGUGAUGAUGUUUGACCAGGAGGGCAAUGUUACAUCGUUUGAGAAGAAGAAAACGGAGCUUUGCCAGGAGCUGGGUCUUCAGGCCAGAGACCUUCGCUUUCAGCACAGUACCAGCCUCACUGCUAGAAACAACUGCAUUAUUAUACGAAUGGAGUCCCUGAAAGCCAUUGUGACCCCGCAGUCCCUUCUGGUGCUGGAUUUUCGUGGUCUGGGAUUGGAGCGCUGGUUGAUACUGGAGCUCACCGCUCAGCUAGCAUCACAGAUGCACUCUCUGCCCUUUGAGUUCAGAGCGCUGGAGGCCAUACUGCAGCACAGGGUAAACACUCUACAAACUCGGCUGAAUGAAGUUGAACCAACAAUACUGGACACACUGGAAUCCCUAGUGGAUCCUAAAAUUCUUUCUGCUGACAGAAGUAAACUACAUAUACUAUUGCAGAACAGCAAGAGUUUAUCGGAGUUGGAGACGGACAUAAAAGUUUUUAAGGACUCUUUGCUGAAGAUUUUGGAUGAGGACAAGAUCAUUGAAGAGCUCUGCCUGACCAAGUGGACAGACCCAAGAGUUUUUGAGGAGAGCAGUCUGGGUAUUGACCAUGCUGAGGAGAUGGAACUAUUAUUGGAGAAUUACUAUAUGCAGGCUGAGGAGCUGGCGAACAAGGCCAGAGAGCUGAAAGGGCUGAUCGAUGACUCUGAGAGUGUCAUCUUCAUCAAUCUGGAUAGCCAUCGCAACGUGAUGAUGCGUCUGAAUCUGCAGCUGACGAUGGGUUCCUUCUCCCUUACCUUAUUCGGUCUGAUAGGGGUGGCUUUUGGGAUGAAUCUGACAUCGUGCUUCGAAGAAGACCCUCGUGCUUUCUGGCUGGUAACAGGCUUCAUGUUCUUGGGCAGCGGGCUCAUAUGGAGACGACUGCUGUCAUUUCUGGGCCGACAUUUAGAGCCUUCGAUACCCACACUAAUCCCUCCGGUUUGGAAGAGAAGUUUGAAAGCCUCGGACAUCAAGGCUGGGGUCAGAUGAACUUCUGCCUCUGCUCUAUAAAAUGCUACAGACCUCCUCAGACUCUGCAGCUUUAAAGACAAACACUUUAUUAACUUGGACCUUCUCUAC